CCGACCGCACGCGAGAUGCAGGGGACCAUGCGAUUGUGGCUGUCAGUGAUGACACUUGCCCUGUGCCUUCUGAUCUGUCUGGGAACGCUGGCAGAAGCGUAUCCGUCAAAACCGGACAGCCCUGGAGAGGAUGCGCCUGCAGAGGAUAUGGCCAGAUACUAUUCGGCGCUGAGGCAUUACAUCAACCUCAUCACACGGCAGAGGUAUGGAAAACGAUCCAGUCCGGAGACACUGAUUUCUGAUCUCUUGUUGCGGGAAAGCACAGAAAAUAUUCCUAGAUCUAGGUUUGAAGAUCCUGCGAUGUGGUGAUGGAAACCACCACCCAUCUUCAGUCUUUUUCCUAGUUUCAGUCCAUCACUCAUUGAUAGAAGACCUGUCAGAGAUUCAGCUCCCAGUGCAUGCAGCCAUUGUACUGAAUUCUGUAGAGUUUUUCCCCCUUCAUUAUUCUUGUACAUACUUUUAUUUAAAUAAAUUACUUGUGCACUCUAAAUGGUAACAUUUUAAAUGAGAGGGGGAAAGGCCACUAACGAUGAUGGGUAAAGACUUGUUUUUUGCUACAUUCAAAUUGAGUUUCAGUCUCCUUAUAGGCUAAAGCAGCAUGAACAUAGCACCUUCUCUUAAUGGUUGUUCAAA